AUGUCCACUAGAGCAGCUGGAGAUGCGCUGCUUCCAAACGGGCUUGAGCCCGCCCAAGAGAAGUGUACACAAGAAAAUGGACACACAUAUGCGCAAGAACAGGAGUGCCAACACCUUCACGAAGAACAUUCGCAACCCCCCCUCCCCACAGUAGUCGAAAACCUUCAUAAACAAGUCGCUUCAUUCCUCUCUGAACCGCACGACGCUUCGAGCAUGCUGUAUAGAGUGCAGAACCAAACCCGCAUCUCUCUCAACGUCAUUCAAGAGGCACUCAAACGCUUCUCCCUAAAUGAGCUCUCCCUAUCAUACAACGGCGGCAAGGAUUGUCUAGUAAUGCUCAUCUUAUUCCUAUCCUGCCUCCACCCACUACCCACGACCGAGAACCACGGGUGGCCUGGCUUUAUGCGUAUCCACCCCGUAAUCGACUGGCAUUAUGCUGAAAUAUGGGCGUUUAUUCGGCACCUCGGGAUUGAGUAUUGUCCUCUGUACGACGAGGGAUACACUAGCCUCGGCGGGACAAAUGAUACACAUCCCAACCCGAAGUUGAAGAUAAUAAGCAACGAAAACUCGAAUGAUGAUCCGAUACAGCGACCUUCCUCUUCAUCAUAUACUCCAAAUGGCGGAAAGGCUCGUUACAGCCCUGCUUAUGAGCUUAUGGACGACGAUGAAGAACGUUUAGGACGGGAUUGGUGA